AUGUUCAAUAUUUCGUAUCUUGUGAUGUUUUUAUUGGUUGGAUUAAUUGAUGUCAAUACAAUGACGAUAAAGAGAAGCGAAAAGUCGGCAAAUAAUUUAGAGAAAGUUGAUGAAACAGAAGAUCCUUUGAAAGUGAAUUACGAUGUUUAUCCGUUUGUGGCUUGUGGUUUUUUGAGACGUUUUCAUAAAUUAUUGUGUCCGACAUUCAUAGCUUAA